AUGAGACAAGAGGCUUGGAGCGUAACAGUUUAUUUAGUCAUGUUCGUAGCAACUGUUGUUUUUUUCGUUGUGACAAAAGCUUUUGCUCAGGAACACGAUCUGAGCACAGUUACUCCACAAUCGCCGCCCAUACCUUUUUUAGAUUUAUUUACAAGUGCCUCAAAUUACUAUUCUGAACCAAUACGGAAAAAAUAUUCUGAUUCCGGAUACUAUCAUAGUUCAUGCCCGAAGACAGAUACAUUGGCGUCAUUUGCUAGUAUUUUAGCAAGUGCAGCAAAAAUUAUGUUAUCAGCGGCAGUUAUAGCCCUUUUGAAAAUACUUGCGGGCAAACUUUUCCUGUUACCUUUGACACUUAUAGUGCUCGCUAAAAUGGGACUAAAAGCUUUGUUAUUGUGGCCAGUGAUAUCGAAAAUGAUAAAAUAUCUGAAAAAGAAGAAAAACAAAUCUAGAAUAAUCAUGGAUUGCUCAGAGCGUCUUGCGUGUGUUUUACAAAGAACUUCUAAUAACGGUUGGGGCAGUAACUUUGGUACUGCUGUAACAUUUACAAUGAUCGAUGACGUAGAGGAGGACGGCUUCAUCGCUAAAACUCUCUUAAGUAUUCUCGCUGGGGACAAGGUCGCGGAAUGUAUGUCAAUGGACUGCAACUCUGGGGCUGACAUAAGC